CGAUUAUUCAAUAUGCUUCCCGAUGUUGAAAAUAAACGUUUGUUUUCAUGCAUAGUAUUUUUUACUGCUUUCGGAUUUUGCUCAAACUUCAUUUCUUUUGUCUCACCUUAUUGGAUCCAGUCAGUUCCAGAAGCUAACAGCCAAUUCCAGAGAAUAGGUCUUUGGACUGUUUGUUUUGAUGGAUAUAUGCUACCUGGUUUAUAUGAUAGGGCAUAUUUCGGAUGCUACUACAUUUAUUAUGUGAUCUAUGACCGUAUAAGAGAUUGGCUAAAUCCAAUAUGGUUAUAUGCAAUACAAGUUACUUCAUCUUGUGGAGUUUUGGUACAGUUUUUGGUAAUGUUUAUCGUCCUGAGUCAAGUAGCCGGUGCAAUUUCUAAAUCUGACCUCAAAAGUCUAAGAUUUAUCGCUUCAGGACAUUUCUUCACAAGUUUAACAUUAGCUGCUGCAUUAGUAGCAUUUGCUGUAGCUAGAUAUGAUAGUCGUUGGAUGCCUUAUCCUGAACUAAAUACAUUAUCAUGGUCUUAUGCUUUCGGAGUUUUAAGUUUUAUUUGUACAUUUAUCGGUUUCAUAAUAAGUUUUAUUACAUAUAUUAAAUUGAAUGAUUUAAUGAAUCAACAGAAUACAAAUGAAAAUCUAUUAAAUGAUGAAGAGAAAAUGGGUAUUAGUUCACCACCACCACCACCACCACCACCAAUACCACAUACUUCUAUAUUAAAUGAACCAAAUUAUUAUACAGAACCACGUUAUAUGCCUGAUCUAUCACAAUCAGCAUUAAGUUAUAUUGAUAGUUCAAAUAAAAAUUGGCAUAUAAAAGAUUCUGAAAUUACAUAUAAUUUAAAUAAACAAAAUAAUCAUUUUAAUAAUUCAACAAAUUCAUAUUUGAAUACUUGAUCUUAUUGAAGUGAUCCAGAAAAAAAAUGUAAAAAAAAAAUAUUUCAUUGGUUACUAUUCUAACAAUAAUCUUUAUUGAUUUAUAUGAAAAGUAUUUUUUGUUUUAAAACAUUUAUUUCUGUUGACCCUUUUUAAUAAGAAGGUGAAUGUAUUAAGGUAAAAUUUUAGAAUACAAAUUCAAAUACAU